CGCCAGACUGUUAGCUGAUCUACCUCUCUGUCUGCACUUCAAUAUCCCCAUUGCCACGCUUAGUUUCAUUCUACAGUUGCCGUCCCAUCGCGCUUUAGUCUGUUGGCAAGGGACCUACCGGGGUCGUUAUGCUUCUACCACUACCAAACUGAUUCGUCCAGAGCAGCGAGUAUCUAUAUCCAACUGUUACGUCAGUGGCCAUGGAGCGAACGCCAGAGAGACCUUCGCACGCUGACACAGUCACCUUCGUCAUUGCUGCAGACGAGCAUAGAAGCCCUCGUCGAAGCAGUCGGAUGAAGAAGAACCCUUCUGUAACACCCAGGCGUUUCAACAAGUUCUUUACACCCCGAUCCCGAAAUGUUCAGCGUGCCGUCCGAACCUCGAGAAAAGCCCUGCAAGAUCUAUCCACCGCCAAAUUGAACAGCCGAGCAGACAGCACCCACCGUCCGAAUAAGAAGAGGAGACUCUCUUUCUCCUCUAUCCCCUCUCUGCCAUCCUCGCCAAUCAGGAAAGACUCCCUCUUCCCGAGCAGCCAAGAAAGCACCGAAGCUGGCCAAGGUGUAGUUGCAGGGUCUGCACGAGAGAUCGAACCCAACUUCUUGGAUAGUGAUGAUUAUGAGGAGGAGGAGGAGGAUGAUGACUUAGCUACAACAAGAUCAUUACCACCCCGAUUGGUGCCAUAUCGCACCAUUAGCACUUCGGCUGCAGCCCUGUCAAAGCAACUUGGGCUGAAGAGCAAGAUAGUCGAAGCAAACGACAGCAGCUUGUGGCAACAUGAGACAGCGAAUUUCUACAGUGCAGCAGAUGAUUUCUAUGCUUACCUCCGGCGGUUUGCCUCCUUGCCCUUCUGUGCAGCUGGGUUCAAGACAGUGUCCCUGGUUGCAGUUGGAGAUGAGGAUGGAACCGUACGCAUACAUGAUGCCUCGAGUGCUGCUACCCCGUACGCCGAAGUCUUCCUUCAGAUGCAUCCGCACGACAACGCGAUCAUGGAUCUGGAACUGUCUCAAGACGAUGCAUUACUCGCAACAGCCUCAGGAGACCAGACCUGUCGUAUCAUCGACAUGAAGCGGCAAAUGUCGACCCAUACUCUCGUCGGACACACGGGCUCCAUAAAACGCGUGCAAUUCCAGCCCGGUUCAGGCAACAAUCUACUGGCAACCUGCUCUAGGGAUGGGAGUGUAUGUUUGUGGGAUCUCCGAUGUGCAAGUGCGAAAGGCUCAACAAUGUUCAAAGAGCUACGGCGCGAAUCUUCAGCAUUCCUCGAUUGCAGCAGAGAAGUCAACACCAUCAACGAUAUUCGCGACGCACAUACCGCCCGCGACAGCAUACUGUCCAAAGGCCGACGCCAGCAAAAUCCUGUAUCUGCCCGGAACGACUUUGCCGUCACGACAUGUGCCUUCGUCAGCGAAAGCCGCUCGCAUCUACUAGUCAGCGCGUCUGAGAACGACGCCAUAAUUAAGCUCUGGGAUAUGCGCACUUCCUACAAACAGCGCUCUGGCAAACCCAACCCUAUAUCUUCCAGCACAGAACCACAAAGCCAUCAGAACCACCGUCAAUUUGGCGUGACUUCGAUAGCCAUGAGUACCGACGGGUCAAGGCUGUACUCACUCUGCCGCGACCAUACUAUUUACGCCUAUUCAACCGCCCACCUCGUCCUUGGCAGCGCCCCCGAGAUGUCCUUAUCAUCAUCCUCAUCUCGCCCAUCCCGCCAGCCACGCCAGGCUGCCCGCGGCCUCGGCCCACUCUACGGCUUCCGCCAUCCGGCCCUUCGUCUGCAGACGUUCUACGACAAACUCGCCGUACGGCACCGAGCGAGUGAUACUACCGAAAUGCUCGCGGCGGGUAGCAGUGAGGAAUGUGCAGUCGUCUUCCCCACGGACGAGCAAUACCUCAACGUUUCAGCGCGGCGACGGCGACCGCACUCCGGAAGUGCCAUUCUCGCACCGCGCAUGGUGCGCACAUCUUCCACUGCAACAUUAUCUUCGUCGCGGCAAGGCAUGAGUAACGCUGAUGGAGACUGUCCGAUAUAUUACCACGGUACCGCACUGGUGAAUGCCCAUCGUAAGGAAGUCACCGCUGUGGCAUGGACGCAGAAUGGUAACCUUGUGACCACAUCCGACGACUACACCACGAGAUGUUGGCGAGAGGAUGCGGAUAAGGCACGCGCGUUGAGGCUGAACACCGAUCGGGACGUGGGUAGGCAUCACAGUGGGUGGGCGGAUGUAUCAAGGGGAUAUGACGACGAGGAGGAUGAGUAAGGUGACUUCAAGGGAAAAUCCGCCCAAUUCUGCUGGGUGAUGAGUGAUUGUGGAUGAUGAAUGAGCCUGUUUUUGAGUCAGCCAUUACCUUUUUUGGCGUUGCUGUUGUUGCUUUGCAGGAGGCUAUUCGUGACAAAACAAGCAAGCGUUUGUAUAUUGAGUCAAUGUCAGUCUCUUAUUGAAGCGGGCGACUUUGAGAAGCGUUCACUAAACCAGGAAACACGUUUUACUGA